AUGGUACUGGCCACUCGGGUGAAUUUCGAUUUUGGUAUCCUCGUGUGGAUGAUCAACAGCCGUCACUACAUCCCCUGUGCAGUCGAUGCAUUCGUCGAGGCAUACACAGGGAGGCUCGGAGGAAGGAGUCAACGUGUUGUCGCCUGGUGUUGUCUGGUGGAUGAUAAGAUUGCCUGGAGAAUGGUCUUGUCACCUGGUAGUAUUAUGUGUGUUAUUCGAAUCUGUCUACACCAGAAGAUUUUACAUAUUGAAGUGCAGCGGGCGAAACCAGACGUUUUUGGAUUGGGGGAUCCAGAAUCGCUCGUCGCAGUCGAAGUCGAGGACUCCGGACAAUCGGAUCAUUAA